UGACGUCACAACAACAGGAAGUGGCGACGGCGUGGAUCGGGGCCGUCAUGGAGGCGGCGUCGCGGUGCACGGCGCAAGGAGCCGCAGCAGCAGCAGCGGUCGGAGCAGCUGCAGGAGGAGCGCAAGGAGCAGCUGUCGCUGCUGCUGCUACUGCUGCAGUCGUAGGGACAGCUGCAGGCUGGAGGAGCGGACGCGUCGCGGUGCUCAUCCUGGCGGCGAUCUCCUGUCUCUCCAUGCUGCCAGGAGCUACAUCGUGGACGUCGGACAGCUCGGCUGAGGAUGUUAUGCAAGAGGUCGUGCGUCUCUGCCCUGCGGACGUCGCCUGCCGCUCUCUUCCUGUUCAGUGCCUUAACUGCACCUACAACAGCUCCUGUGUGUACGGUCACAACACCACGGGCUCCUGCUCACCCCGUGCUGGCGUGCACUGCACGGGGCCCAGGGAGAUGUCCGUAAAUCUGACGUGCGGGUUCUGCUGGCAGCUGCCACCCUCCCUCUACCACUGCACCAACAGCACCUCCUGUCCCUCGGCUGGGUGUCCUCGUGCCCGCACGCGCGCCAACUGCACCGCCUUACCUGAUGUGCACUGCCUCGGUGAACGCACCUUCAUGAAGAUGCUCUACUGUGACUGGACGGGUGGCCACAAGUGGGCAACAGCACUCACACUCAGUGUGACUCUUGGUGGGUUUGGAGCUGAUCGCUUCUACCUGGGCCAGUGGCGAGAAGGCCUGGGGAAACUAUUCAGCUUUGGGGGCCUGGGCGUGUGGACGCUGCUGGAUGUGCUGCUCAUCGCCAUCGGAUACAUCGGACCUGCCGACGGGUCUCUCUACAUCUGACGAGCAUCAUUACCACCGUCCUCAGCACAUCACCAUCUUCAGUUGCAUCAUCGCCAUCAUCACUCACAAUGACCAUGUCUCAGUUCAAAAUACCAUGCAGCCAUUUCUGAUUAAACCAGGCUUCUGUAUGUAAUAAGUUGUCUAAAAGACAAUUCUUUAAUACAUUUCAGUUUUCACAUAAUCCAGCCUGGCCUAAUAUUGAGAGCUUAAAUUUGUAAAUAUUGUAUAUUGGAUUAAUUACAUGUGGUGAACCACUCUUUAUAGAACACUGUCUUUAUUGUUGAAGAAAAUCUAUUGAAAGGGACACAUUGAGUAAUUGUGUUAUUGACUUUUGGGGUUGUUCCUUGGUAAGAUGACAUGAUUGCUCUUUUGCCUGCAGGAAUUCCAGAAGGCGCAACUCACUGAUGUAGUUCUGUUAUCUGACAUUUACACAUGCGACAAUGUGGCCAACACAAAGCCUUGUGUUUUUGUUGAUUUAUAAUUUGUCGAACAUUACAUCCAGCUAAUAAACUUUAAACAAAUAGGUUGU